AUGUGGGAACCGGUCACUCUUCCUUUCACAAACGACGCCAAUCGGAAUUUACCAACCGCAGACGAAAUCCGAAGAUGCCCUCACAUUUUACGCGAGCGCCCUGCCGGUACUUCAAAAGUCGUAGCUGUCGACAAUGAUAUCGUUGUGAAGUUCGGAAGCGGUGUAAAUGUCCGUGAGGGUCAGACAUUGAUUUAUCUUGAAAGAUUUUUGCCCAAUGUUCCGGCUCCGCGUCUACAUGCGAUGUAUCGCGACUCUGAAGAGCUUUUCCUGGUAAUGACGCGCAUACCUGGGAAACAGCUUGAGACGAUGUGGCCUUCAUUGACUGAAUGCGAGAAAGACUCAAUCAUCAAGAAGCUCUGCAAGAUUUUCGAAGCUAUGCGAGCGGCCGAAUGCCCAUGGCCUGGUUUCUUUGGAGGUUUGGACGGGAGCGGUGUACAUCACUACCUGCUCUAUAGCCAAAAGAAAGGCGAUCGGAAGUUUCUAGGGCCUUUCUACAGCGAAGCUGCAUUUGUUGCUGGCAUGACAGACAAUUUCCGAGCCCUGAGGGAACGUAAUCAUCGGCCGGACUUCAAGGCUCGCCAUUAUGAGGCCCACCUUCUCAACGUCUCUCAGGGCUUCCGUCCUACCCUGACUCACUCGGACCUGCAUAAGACGAAUAUCAUAGUUGCAGAGACCUCUAGCGGAGGUGAAGAACGAGACUUCGACGUUGUGCUUGUGGACUGGGAAAUGGCGGGAUGGUAUCCUGACUUCUGGGAAUUCUUUUGUAYAUCUUCUAGUUUCGAUUAUGUGUAUUGGGAGGAGGACUGGUGUUGGCGCACUGAACAGUUUUUGGAAGUAUGGCCUGCAAAAACAGCUAUGAUGCGUAUGCUCGACAAAGACAUGCGUAUUUAA